AUUUGAAUUUUAUGAGUCAAGAAGAGUUAUUGGAGUGCCUCGAUCUUCUCAAAAAAGUGAUACUGCUCCAUUUGAAUCUAGAAAAGCAAAAAAGGUUUUUGAAGUUGCUCAAGGUGCUAAGGAAAACUAGUCUUUUUGAAUUUGACAAGGCUAAAAAGUUAGAUUUGCAGGUUUGUUUGAAUCUAGAAAAGCCAAAAAAGUUGUUGAAGUGGUACAAGAUGUUGAGGGAAUUGAAACUAGUAUGUACUUUCUUCUAUAUAAUUUCUAUUAUUUUCUGCAUUGUUAUCUGUAAAGGAGCUAAAACAUUAUCUCUACUCGCUUUAAUAGGCCCUGAGAGUCCAAGAGUAAAAAAGUUAUUUCCCCCUUCCAUUUCAAGCCAUAUACGUGGUUAAUAAGAUCUUUAUAUGAAGUUAGGAGACCAACAAAUCCUAUAUAACUCUCCUUAUCCGAGUAAUUUAGAUUCCUUCUUAGAAGAAUGUUCUAGUUGUCUCCUUCUUCGCUUUGUUCUACUGUGAGAAUC